AUGACAGCUUAUGGUGGUGCAGACCAGGGAGCACCAGCUGGACCAGAGCAGCCAGAGGAGCCAAUUGAACCACCUACUGACACUCAGCCGCCUGCCCCUGCAGUGGCCCCUAGUGAGCCUCCACCAGAGAUUCCAUCCUUUGCUCCUCAGGCCACACCACAGCCUCCUCCUGUCAUUUCACCUCCAUCAACACCAUCUUCUUCAGCUGAGCCAAGGAGAAUUCUCACUCAGCAGAUCACAGCCCUUCGUUCUCAGCAGGAGCAGAUUCUUACCACUCAGGACCAGCACACUACCAUCCUAAGGCAGAUCCAGCAUCAUCUCGGCAUUACAUCAGCUCCUGAGCAUGUCAUUCCCAGCUCAUCAGAGCCAUCACAGGCCCCACCUUUUGUUGAUCAGCCUAUGCCUCAUCAGGAGCCUCCUACAGGAGAGGCAGUUGAGCCAUCAUUUCCACAGCAUCACUCCACGUCACUCAGGAGGUACCACUUCCUCCCUAUUUUUCAAUCGCUUUUAUCACAUUAA